CGGAUUUACCCUCGUGUUUAAAUCCGAAUUACCUAAAUUGCCCCUUUCGUCGUUGUGUUUAAGGUCUACUCGAACGACUAAUGCGUGUUUUGAGAGAUCUGAACUCUGAGCUGAAGUCGCUGCUUCUGAUCUCAGUUGAGGCCAUGGCGGGGUCUGGGAGCUCCAUGCUGUAUUCCUUUCUGAUGUUCACUGUAAUUCUCUCGCUUCAAGAAAUGUACCGUGCGAAAUUAGCAUCGACGGAAUUGUACACUAUACUUGGAGGGUUUAUCAGCUCUCUUCUGUUUCUUGUGCUCCUUACUUUCAUUGGAAACUACCAAGAAACAGUCGGCGCAAAAACUGGUUGGGGUGCAGUCUUCAUAGCAGAAGCAGUUGCCCUGAUUGCUGCAAGCACAGUCCACAGGGUUUGCAUUACUACAUGUUUCCUGUUCUCGGCUGUGUUGCUGUAUGAGGUUAACAAAAUCUCAGGAUCAGUGCUUUCAGUUCAAACAAGCGACUCCAGAAGUAAAAAGUAUAGUGGGAGAGGUUAAUCUCGUGUGUUCUUAUUAUGUAUGCUCACUGUCUAAGCAUCUUCAAAGAUUUUGUUUGUAGAAUUAGUUAACUACCCUAUUAUCUUUUCUAAAGUUAUCUCACUUUUCCAUGUUACAACUUCAGUGCUGAAUUCCGUGAUGUAAACGAUGAGCAAAUUACCAAACUAGGAUUAUCGAGGGUAAAAUGAGUGUUACAACUUAUAAAAUGACUUUUCCAGUUUUCCUUA